AUUUGGCCGGGUCUCGGUUGCCGCUCAGAGGAGGCGCGCCCCCCGCCCCCUCCGGGCAGGCCCCGCCCCGCCCUUCGCUUCCUCCCGGGCCCCUGGCACUGCGGCCACUUGGGCAGAAGAGCCGGAGCGGGCGAGGCGGCUGCGGCGAUGUUUAUUGGCCAGCGCCGCGAGACUGAGAUACGUCCGGGUCUGAGGGCUGUGUCAGACAGCCCGGCUGCCAUGGCGUCCUAUUUCGAUGAACACGACUGCGAGCCGUUGGAUCGUGAACGGGAUCCCCGAACAAACAUGCUGCUGGAGCUUGCAAGGUCCCUUUUCAAUAGGAUGGACUUUGAAGACUUGGGGUUGGUAGUGGAUUGGGAUCACCACCUGCCUCCACCUGCUGCCAAGACUGCAGUUGAGAACCUUCCCAGGACAGUCAUCAGGGGCUCUCAGGCUGAGCUCAAGUGCCCCGUGUGUCUUUUGGAAUUUGAGGAGGCGGAGACCGCCAUUGAGAUGCCUUGCCAUCACCUCUUCCAUUCCAACUGCAUUCUGCCCUGGCUGAGCAAGACCAAUUCCUGCCCUCUGUGCCGCCAUGAGCUGCCCACUGAUGAUGACACUUAUGAGGAGCACAAGCGAGAUAAGGCUCGCAAGCAGCAGCAGAAGCACCGCCUCGAGAACCUCCACGGAGCCAUGUACACAUGAGGCGGCUAGGGCUGGACACUGGUCCUCUGCAACAUGUUCCUCUUGCAUCUCAAGUUCUCAUUAAAGGUUUCUUCACUCA